UUAUUGUAUUUGUUGAAAUAAAGUUUUGGGGAAAAAAAAAGGAAAAAAAAAAAAGAAUUUAUUCGUCAGUUUGCCAGAAGAAGAAGAAGAAUGCGGAAGCUCGCAAUAAUUAGCAAUAGCCGAUAAUAUCGAGCAAAAGCAGCAGGCGGUCUGUCAGUGGAUGGACGUGAGGAGUGCCGUGAUGGGACCAGAGAGAGUCUUUCCGAGUUGUGAGGAUGAACUGGGUGAAGACGAGUGUCUGGCAGAAGGCGUGCUGCUGCCGGCUGCAGCGGUGUGGGCUGAGGGAGAAGGAGGUGGAGAUGCUGAGGAGGAGGCAGAGGAAAGUGAGCAGGGUGGAGAUGUGGAGGAGGAGGAGGAGAACAUGACUGGAGAAUAUUACUAUCAGCCACUGAGUCAGGAACCCGAUGGGCCGAACACAGCUGAGCCUCGGGAGAACGAGGAGGAGCAGCAGGAAGGGGUGGGGCCUGAGGAGGAGGAGGAGGAGGCAUCCCACAGCGAGCAGCUGCAGCAGGUCCAGCGAAGGAUUGAGGUGAUGGGACUGCACCUACCUGAGGCUCCACCUCCAGAUAGUGAUGAGGAGGAUGACCCGGAUGGAGCACAGCAAAGCCAUGCAUCGAUCCCCAUGGAUGCAGAGCAUGUGGAGCUGGUGAAGAGGACGAUGGCGGGAGUGGCGCUGCCGUCUCUCGGUGUGCCGGCGUGGGCGCAGGAGCUUUCAGAUGACCAGUGGAGAGACAUGAUGGAAAACACGCUGCAGAGCUUUGCCGCACUGCGACUCCACCGCAGCAACAAGUGACCCUGAAUGCACCAUGACCACUUCAGGGUAGACUUGUGUUAAGAUUCUGACUUGAUUGUAUAAGUUGUUACACAGUGCGGGAGGCGGGGCUAAGCUUUGCCUCAUGCGGAAUCUUUGAAACAGCUUUGAUGUGUUGACAUCGCGGUCAUGAGUUACGCUCUGCAACAUGCCCCCACCUCUAGGGGGCAGAAUACGUCCACUGACAGCCUCGUGUUCAUUCUUCUUCUGCAGAUGUAACCAAAACCA